AUAACUUACCAUAUCAAGGAUGAGAUUAUGAAUCCUGCAAAUCAGGAUUUCCGAGUGACAGCUGAUGGAAGAGUGUUGGUUGCCAGAGAGACGCUUGACAGAGAAUCGACAGCCACCUACCACUUCACUGUCGUGGCUAUUGACUCGGGAAAGCCUCCACUGUCAGCCACUGCGCAGGUCAGUCAAAAGCCAAUUCAAGUUGCCCAACUCUGA